AACAUACUUGCGGAUCUGCGAUUAACCAACUUUAUUCACAUGAGGCGAAGGAAGUGUCCUGGCCAACGGACCAUAUCAGACACACCCAAAGAAGAUUUAACUUUGCGCCAUAAGAUUUGCAAAAUCAAGCAAAGGCGGACGUGUGCGAAUUUCUUUGCAUUCUUUUGAAAUAAAAAAAAGUGUUGUCUCUGACGCGCGCUUUUGGAAAUGGCGGGCGUUUGAAAUUUAAAUUGUGAACGAUAUAACGAUACGUGACAGAUAUUCGAUUUUCAAACUGCCAUGAGAACUUAUUAUUAAAUGUUUCUUUAAUUCGAGGACUCGUCUGAAUUAGAAAUGGCGCGCAUUUUGAAAGUGUAAAAUGGACGGAUUGUUAAUAAAAAUGUUGAGUGUAUUAGUUUUGUGCCCGGUUUUGCUUGCAGCCGUGCAGACUUUGACUAUUGAUUCACAGUUGGGCACGUCUAUUGAAGAUUGUUUCGAGAGAAUAUCAAUUGGAGAACAAUUGCCAGACGACGCCAUCUAUCGCAACGUGUCGGAACUAACUACAAGAGAGUGCGAGCAAAUCUGUAAGCAGGAUAAGCAGUGUCAAACCUAUGAUUAUGGGGUUGGGGCAAAAGGCAACGCAACAUGUAAUUUAAGCAACCUUGAGGAGAAAGAAUUGAAAGAGAAAGGUCUUCUUAAACGACACCCAGACUAUGACGUGUACGUCAGAAGAUUCCAAUGUGAGCAGUCUCCACCCACACCCAUUCAGGCACAAUUUGAUGAUCCUGGUGAAGGACCACAUCAUAGACCAGUAUUUAGACCUGAUGACGAUGAACCAAAGCGUCCAUUAGCUGAUGAGUUUCUAACCAGUGACAUAAGACCUUAUUCGAGCAAUAGACCACCCUACAACCACUUAGAUGAGAGACCAGAUGAUUAUACAAAUUCAAAGCCUCAUUACGAUAGACCACCCAGUUAUGGAGAUCAUAAACCACAAGAUAUUCCCUAUAGACCUAUUAAGAAACCUGAUCAAUAUGAUGUGUUGCAGUUUCAAGAACAAUAUCAACCUAAUAGACCUUAUGAAAAUUUAAGACCAGACCCCCAUUACCCGCCUCGACCAGACGACGAUAUUCCUGAUUUGUAUGGUCAAAGACCUAGGCCAGAAUUUAUAAACCAAUACAGACCAGAAAAGCCGAAUUAUCACUACAUUAUUAGACCUAACAGAAAACCAAGACCGCCAGAUGAUGGUUAUGGGACAAAACCUUUGAGGCCUCAAGAUUACCCUACUAGACCUGAUCCUUACGGUCAAAAUGAUAUUGGUCAUCCACCAGGUCCAAUUGGGCCUCCACAUGUACCGUAUAGACCUACCAGACCAGAUUACCAUCCAACGCGACCCAACGAUCAUCCAAGCUAUUCUUACAACACUCAAUAUGCUAGUAGCUAUGGACAAAAUAAUCAAGACAAUUCAAUUUAUUUAGAAAUUUAUGAUCCACCUAGACCUUACAAACCAUUAAAGCCGGAUUAUGGUCCUAUACAAGGUACUUAUGGCCAAAAUUAUGGUUAUGGCAGCAGCCAUACUCAAAACUCUUAUUCGCAUUUACAAAGUCAGUCAAAUUAUUACGGGACUGGCAGCAUAACAGAUAUUACAAAUUACGAUCCUUAUAGACCUCAAGAUCCAGGUUACAAGCCUCAUAAACCAGUUUAUGAUCCUAAACCUGGGUAUGGUAAUCAUAUACCUAAUGAUGAUAUUUAUAGACCCGGCUAUGGGAAUAAACCAAGUUAUGGUAUACAAAAGCCCAAUGAUCAGAAACCUACGUAUGGCAGCGGCCAGGGAUCGUAUUCUAGUAGUGAAGCGUCAUACGGUAGUCACCAAGGAUCCUACGGGUCUAACCAAGCUGCAUACGGUAAUGGUCAAGCAACUUAUGGAUCAAGCCAAGGGUCAUACACUAGUAGUCAAGGAUCUUACGCUUCUAACCAAGGCUCUUAUAGUGAUUCUCAGAUUAAUAGGCCUUAUCCAACACAAGAUUCACAAGGUUAUGGUAAUCCAACAACGCGUAAACCUGUUGACAAUAAUUAUAAGCCAAUUAAUGAUAAACCUUCAUACAGUCAUGGAAGUGAUUAUAGUAAUCAUGAUAACAGUUACGGUUCUGGUGGAUCUUACGGAAGUAAACCAACUUAUAGUAGUAGUCCGUUUUAUGGAAGCAAUAAGCCAAGCUAUGAUAAACCUCCAAGUGAUUCCUAUAAUAGCAAUAAGCCAUCUUUUGAUAGCGGUAGCUCUUACGGCAGUAACAAACCUUCAUUUGACAGCGGCAGUAGUUCUUACGGAGGACAUAAGCCAUCUUUUGAUAGCAGCAGUUCUUACGGUGGUAACAAGCCAAUUUACGAUAGCAAUUCUUACGGCAAUAGACCUUUUGAUGUUGGUUACGGAAUAUCUAACAGCCAAUAUGGAUCUAAACCAAACUUCGAUAGUUCAAGCCACUAUGGAAAUCGUCCAUCUCAUAAUAGACCCCAAGGUUCUUACGGUAAUAAGCCUUAUCAAGAGAAUUUUAGUCACUACGGAAGCAGCCAAUCACAUAGUCAAUAUGACAGUCAGUACCAAUCAUUUGGUCAUUAUGGAAUACCUGAUCAUUCCAAUAGACCAGACAGCCCUUACAAUGAUGAAAAACCUGAUGAUACACCAUCAUAUCAAGGUGUGGAAGAUGCAAAGAAUAGCAACAAAUCAAGACCUAAUCAGAGGCCUAAUAUAAAACCUGUUUAUGAGUAUGAACUGGAGAAACCAGUGAAUGUGCCAAGUUAUAUAGUGCGGCCUGGUGGUGACAUCAUCACGUCGAGACCUGUGACCAUAGGCGACUACGGGAUACGGGAAUUUGGCAGACCUGUUUCUUAUAAAGCUUGCUUCCGUCGCGUGCUCGCCGGCCGCCGAGCGCUCCGCAGCUUCGUACGAAAAGUCGUCAACUGUGAACGACUGGAAGACUGUCGGAGGGAAUGCGCUGAGGAGAGGAGGUUCCCCUGCGAGAGCUUCAACUACAGACUGGACCCGUCAUUCCGCGGCAAGGGCUUAUGCGAGCUGAUGACGAAACCUAUCGAGGCUUUUGACAUCCAACGAGACUUCGUCGACGACAAAGACUACGACUUUUACGAAAUAGACAGAAACAGUUUAGAGCCUUACUGUCCUGAGUCUCUCAGAGGCCCGGGGUUCUUGCAUUCUGGUUAUUUAUCAUCAAAACCUAAUAAGGGCUGGGACAGAAGGGACUGGGUAGGCAGUAGGUACAAUGAGUACGAUAGGUUUUAUGAUAGGAGAGGCAAUAGAGGUGGAUAUGACACGUUUAUACCUUAUCAGAUUGGUACAGGCUUAGCACGAAGCAAUGAUAACCAAGAGAAUUGGGGCAAAUAUGGCGGUUACUAUGGAGGUUACAACGAAUAUUACAAAGACAGAAGCGACUAUUUCAAAUCAUUAAAUCAUUGGAGAUUGACCGACGAUCAUCGACAUAACGGGGUUAAACUUGUGGAAAACACCAACUUUGAUUACAACGAUUUGUAUAAAAACCGCCCGUAUGAUAACCAUAGAUACGGUUAUGGAUCCUGGAAGAGGGGGAGGUGGAAUAGCUCUGGAAUCAAUUGGAAUAGUCUGGAUUAUGAGAGUUAUAGUAAGAAGCCUCAGAAUAGUUAUUAUGAUGAUCGCGGUGAGGAAGGAGGCAAAGAUUGCUCCUCCCGACGCAGACCAGGGAUGUCCCUCGGGUCUGGUGCCAUCAGAAGGUCCCUGAUAGCAAGGAACGUGGUAGAAUGUGAAGCAGCCUGCUUUGAGGAGAGGGAGUUCAAGUGUGUCUCGUACAGUUACAGAUACUCAAGUUCCCGCGGCACAGACAACUGCUUCCUCAGCGAGCGACCUUACCGAGGCCUGGAGUUGUCAGCUGAUAGUGGGUCUGAUGUGUACGCGAUGCCCCAAGACCAGGGCUGCUCUACUAUCAGCCAUAAACCUUGGGUGGAGAGCGAAUGUUUUUGGCACGUUCGUUCUGGUGCCGCUGUGAGUGGCUCCGUGGUGAGGGCCGCUCUGACUGUGGCGGGGCUCGGCGCUUGCGAGGCAGAAUGCAUCAGGGCACAGGGCUUCUUCUGCAGAGGGUUCAGUUUUAGAUUUGACUCCCCAACGAUCGGUGAUGACCUUGAGAACUGUAUCCUGACAUCAUCCCCGCCCACGUCCCUGGAGGUGAACCGUGGGCUGCGGCCCACUGCUGGACACGAGCUGUAUUCCCGCGGGAACUAUGGGAGAGGGUGUGAGCCGGCGUUGUAUGAUGACACUCAACUUAAAGAGACUCAAUGCUACCUCCAAUACGACAGCGCUGCUCGUCUGAAGACCGCAUCGGUGCGCGGUCAGGCGCGGGUCACGAGCGAGGGGGCGUGCGGUCAAGCGUGCGCCGACGCACCUUUCCGGUGUCUCAGCUUCUCUUUUACGAGCAACGCCCCCCCUGGCGCUGAUAACUGCCUGCUAUCAGAGGUCAGGCUGUUCGACCUUCAGCGGGGAGUGGACUACGAGCACUCCGCUGACGACUGGUUGUUCGCCUUCGACCUCUUCAACGGCCAGUGCUGGAGGAAGAUCCACGGGAACUCUGAUUACGACAAUCCAUCCCAUGAGCUCCCAAGACCUCUGCCAUCAGAAGAACGCUAUCCUGUCACCGGUUCGGGAUCACCAGGAUACUUGCCCACGGCUGGAGAAACUCCGUACAUACCAGCAUCUGGACCCCCAAGCGGUCCCGGGUAUAAACCCGGCUACCCGGGGCCGGAACCGCCGCAGCCUUACCCAGAACCGGGCGGUCCAAGCUUCAAACCCAACUACCCUGAACCUUCCGGUCCGGCGACAUAUGGACCCGGUUAUCCGGAACCAAGCGGACCCGGUUAUAAACCUGGGUACUUACCCAAACCCGGUCCAAAACCGGUGUAUAGACCGGAUUAUCCGGAAUCCGGUUUUAGACCCGGAUAUAGACCGGACCCGGACAGACCGGAUUAUGGACCCAGCUAUCGACCUGAUAUAUCCGGACCUGGGUAUCCAAACAAACCCGGGUAUUCAGAACCGAGCGGACCCGGUUAUAUACCUCAACCCCCCAGCGGCUCUGGUUAUAAACCUACUUACCCGGAUUCGGGCUUCAAACCCGGAUAUCCGCCUCCAGAGCCGCCUGGUAGUAAACCCGGGUAUUUGCCGGAACCAAGACCCGAGUAUGGUCCGCCAAAACCGAGACCGGGUGUACCAGGUUACCCGGGUGACAGAGAAGAAGGUGGACCAAUAUCAGUGUCCUGGCGCCACUACACGGUGUCGGGGCUGCCGUGCCGCGCGGGCGGCGCGUGCGCGCGCAACCACGUCGCCGGCCACUGGGCGUGCGAGCCCGAGGGGGGGGAAGUGGGUUCUUGGGAUUACUGCUGCUCACCGACACACAGAUGCGGGUACAGCGAAGGUUUCCACAAGCCAUGGUGCUACGUAGGACCAAACGAGGAUCAAUGGCGGCCGUGUAGUGACAAGUAUUACCCUUACCACCAACACAAUGUGCCUCAUCCGUCGCAGGCGCACGGGCCAAAAGAAAAUCAGCCGUACCCGAGCCGCUGGGAGCGUCCCUACAGCGACAGGAACCGGCCCCCAGGACCAUAUUUAUCUGAGAGCGACCGCAGAUAUUGGGACGAGUUGUACAAGAAUGGACCUCAAGCGUAUUAUGAUAAGUUUGGAAAUCCUCUGCCGGGAUACACCCGCGUCCCGAUGUCAAGCCCCCCCUACAUCAAGUACCGACACAGGUACCCUCCCCCUCCGAGUGGACAAUGGGUUCCUGUCACUGAUCAGGAGCUGGAGCCACCCGUGCCUGUUGGAUUGGGAGUGCCAAGAUAUUGGCCAGUCGCGUAUUUACAUAAAGGUCCUCCACCUAACAUGACUUACUUCAGAUAUAAUGAAACCCAACCCACGACCACUGAAAGGUACAAUCCCCGGCCAGAAAUCAAUCAGAAUAACCCCCAAAGAGAUGUACCACCACCCCCACCACCACCAGUUGUAAGAACUACUGAAAAACCUGAUUUGAAAUUAGAGGGCAGAAGUCAAAGAGACGAACGAACCAAAGAUUUCGAUGAGAAACCUAAACCUGACAUAUUCCAAUUGAAUAAUGAAAAAGUUACAACAACUAUUACUCCCAAAGUUGAAAUUAAAAAAGAAGAUCCUAAGCCAGAAUUGAAAGAGGAGGAUGUUACAAAAACAAACAAUUCUAUCGUGGAAACUGUUAAAACUGAUACGAAAGUUGAGAAAGAAAGUGAAAAUAUUAAAGGUAUAGAUGAUAAGUUAGAUGACUUUUCUUCUAUUGAAAUUUUAAAUAUAGAAGAUGCGACAAAAGGAGAUAAAAAAUCUGAUUUAAAGACUCUUGAGGCAGAAGAGAGACAGAUAGAGGCUAUUGGAAGAUUAUUGGCAUCGCGUCGUGGAUCCAAACUUAUAUUAGAGAAGCGUUCUCAAAAAGAUUUGGAAGCCAAAAGCAUUGCAGUUGAUAAAGAUACAGUUGAUUUUAAUUUCGGCAACAAAUUCCCUACAACAGAGAGGAGGGGUAUUAUCCAAAAAGUGACUAAGGAUGAAAUACAGAGGGAGAAAAAUAUAGACAAAAGUUUAGAAGUGAGUGAGACAACAUUCGUUCGGCCUCCAAGAGUUUUGAGUACUACAGAAAAUAUAAGGAAGGCUAUUGUUAAUGGGAAGGUGUUUUAUGAUGCAACGAUCAGGGAACAACGCGAUAUUUUCUCUAAUUCCACGAGAAAACCUAAAAAUUUUAGGCAUUUGGACGACGCAAGAGCGCCUUCGGUUAUAACUAACAGCACUUUUGGGAAGAAGAAGAUUAUACAACCAAGAAAUGUGAAUCCUGUGAGGAGAGUACGUAGGGUUUACAGAAAGAGGUAUAACCCUAACGAAGUGAGGAGACGGCUGUUAGAAAGAGAGAGAAGCUCGAAACCGGAGAUAGAAACUGCCAGGAGAGUUUAAUUUUAAUUCGAAUAGUAUUUUGACGUUUGAGUUUAAUUUUAAUUCGAAUAGGAUCUUUAUUUUAAUGAUUCAUCAAAUCACAGUAGAUUUGAUGAAUCAUUAAAAUAAAGAUCCUUAGGGCAAAUAAUUUGUUCGGCUAUUAUAUUAAUUUAGGUCAAGGUUACAGUAUUAAUUUUAUUUAAAAUAAUUAUUUGCACAGAGUUAAGAAGUUCGCGGCGAUCAGGCGUGAAUAUCAUUUGCUCUGUGAUAAUAUGGAUAAAAUAAGUGGAUCGAUUUAUUUAUUGUCAAUUUGACCCAAAAUUAAUUUGUUUGGGUUAAAAUGACGAUGCUUACUUUUUUAUUUAGAUUAAGUGAAAAAUAAACAACAUUUAAUUAUAUUUAUUUAGCAUAGGCAUGAUAUUAAAUAAAUAAAUAAUUAUUAAAAAAGAAUUUCGUGCAAUCAA